CGGCGCGCUCGGUGGCGCGGCGGAAGCGCGCGGCUCUGCGGGAACGCGGAAGUGCGCGGUGGCGGCGGUGCGGCGCGGCCGGGACCGGCUCGGCCUCCGUCCCCGGCAGAUGGCGGCGGCGGAGACGCUGGUGCGCGGCCUGGCGCGGCUGCUGCAGGACGCGGGGGAUGUGGUCCUGGACGGCCGCAGCACCCUGAGGCUGCCCGCGCCGGCGCUGCAGCACCUCACGCGCGUCUUCGAGCAGCACCUGGGCUCCCGCAACCAGGGCCGCGGCUUCGUCGCCCUGCCCUCGCACCCCGCCGACUCGGCCGCCCUGCUCCAGGCGCAGUUCCUCUUCGACGUCCUGCAGAAGACCCACUCCCUGAAGCUUGUUCAUGAUCCAAACUGUGUUUUGCAAUCUGCUGUGAAGAUCUUCCCUUUCAAGUCCCUUCGGCAUUUGGAAUUGAAGUCUGUCCCUCCGCACUGCCUUCGGGGACUGCGAUUAGUCUAUUCACAGCUGGAAUCUCUAACCUGUUGCAAAUGCAUCAGUACCUUGGAGGAAAUCAUUUCAGCAUGUGGUGGUGAUCUGAGCUGUGCUCUCCCCUGGUUGGAACUGCAGACUGUCAACUUCAGCUAUAACUCGAUCACUGCCUUGGAUGACUCACUGCAAUUACUGAAUGUGCUUAGAGUCUUGAAUUUGAGUCACAACAAGGUCCAGGACUGUGAGCACUAUUUAACGACCCUUACAGAACUAGAGUACCUCAAUCUGGCCUAUAACUUCCUGUCAAAGGUGCCAAACCUUGGCAUUUUCAGCCGAUCCAAGCUGGCGACUCUGAUCCUGCGCAACAAUGAACUUGACAGCAUUAAUGGGGUGGAACAGCUGGUGAAUCUGCAGCACCUGGAUGUGGCCUAUAACCUGCUACUGGAGCAUGCCCAGCUGGCACCACUGUCUACUCUGCACUGUUUAAAAAAGCUGCACUUGGAGGGAAACCCAUUAUGCUUCCAUCAAAACCACCGAUCUGCAACACUUGUACAUGUGUCUCCCAGGGCAGCCUCCUCCAAUUUCCUCUUGGAUGGAGAGCCACUGUCUUCCUCAGACCUAAUGCACCUUCCAAAAUUUGUGCAAAGUGUGUCACAGUCGAUCCACACAUCUACUUCAGAGAAGACUGCACUGGACCGCAGUGCUCUGGACAGUUCCUGUGCUGCAGACUUCAGCGACAGUCAGUCCCCAGCAGAGAAUGUGGCUGUCAGGUUCACUCGGAAGAAAUGCAAGGGAAGAGUUAAAGUGCGCAGAGCAAGCAUUUCAGAGCCCAGUGACACAGAACAUGAGUCCCAGGCUUUACCUCUCUCUGCUGGCCUCGUCCUACAGCAUCAGAAGGAGAUGAAGCGUAUGGACAGCUUCAGAGAUCGCUUUGGUGUUGACUGGCUGCGGUACAAGAGACACCUGGAGGAGCGUGACCAAGUACCUGUCAUCUGCCAUAGCCAUUCUGCAGAUGAGAUCGCAGGCAGACCUGCUGCAACGGACUUGUUGAGUGAGAGCUUUGGCCUGGAGCAAGGAAAACCCGAAGUGUUCCAGAAAGAAUCCUCUCCUCCUUUGGACGAUGCUGAGAAGGAAGAAGAGCCUGACCUACAGCUGGAUGUCCCUGUGAGAGAAGAACAGAGAGAAGAGGAGGCCGAUGAGCUAAUGCUUGGAGAGGAAGAAGAUGAGAAGACAGAAGUGGACCUCUGUCAGCCAGUGCUGGUGAGCCAAAUAGAAAGUGAAGGCGACCCGGAGCCAGACUGGAUCUUCCUUCGGGUCACAGCUAGGCAUGUGAUUGAGGUGGAGCUGAAGGCUGCCAGAGUCCUCCACAAGCUGGAGCUGAAGUGCCUGCAGAAGAUGGAGACCUCUGAGAUGAACUGGAAGAGGAUGGACCUGGAACGAGUUUUCCCUGUUCUCACAUUACACUUCAGCUACAUUCGCAAGGACCGGCAGAAGCGCAAAUAUGUGGUGCUUGAUGACUGCCCGGAGCAGUGUCUACAGUCUGUGCUUGAAGUGUUGAUGCCAGCUCUGGAGGAGAAUCGGAGAAAUCGAGGCCAAGAGAAGGGAUUCACAAAGCUCCAGUGCCUGAAGUGCAAGCAGGAGUUUUUCCAGUCUCUGGCUUCCUGGCAACAAGGUCUGUGUUCUGCAGAGGCUGGAGAUGCCAAAACACUGGAGACCCUAGCUGCCUCAGAUCAAGAUACCGCAGCACCUGGCGAACCCAUAGCCUGUCCCAAUUGUUCCAGUGACCAUGUGGUCAUCCUGCCUUUGGAGAUGUCCUCCAGUGCAUCUCUGCCACCUGGCCCUGAUGGCACAAGUGAGGAUUUGUCGGAAUCUGUUCUGGAGGGAGGCAGCCAUCAAGAAGGCACAGAGGAAGCAUCUGCCCUGACCAGUGAGAGUGGGAAGUUUUACAUUGGUGGGGAGGACAGCUCUGAGCUGGACACCAGCAACGGCACCAGAACCCCGGAGCUCAGUGGCGAGCACGACAGCACUCUCCAUUCCAGUUCUCGCAGUUCAGAUGGGGGCUGUGGGAAGAAGGAGCUGGGCAUGAAAAAGCAGUACUUGUCCUUCAGUCACACUGACACCAACGGGGGCAGCUUGAUGGGGAGCUACCAUUACAGUGUCUCUCGUGCGCCCACUCCUUCUCAGCUGUCUUUGAACUCCGAGUCAGAGGAAACCUGGAAUCUCAGUCCUCCUGCAAAUGGCAUCCUGAACGUGAGGGACUUCCGUUCUGUGGAUCAUCGCCUGAAGCUGUACCUGGAUAUGGAGGUUUUUGAGGAAGACUCUGAGGAGUUCCAGUGCUUCCUCAAGGUGGCCAUGGUGAAGUUUGGUCGAUAUGGGGAGUUCCUCUCGAUCCUGGUUGCCUCUGACCUCAGGAUUUAUGUGCUGGAAGUCACUGGGGUUAUCAGGGGACAGCCUGCAGACUGGCUGAAGAAGAAUGACUCUCACUACCUGUCUGAUAUUUCCCAUCUGGAAGUGGGACUCUGCCACCAGAGCUUGCGAAUGGAGUUUGAGAACCCAAGAGCCUCCUACAAUCUGCUGAUCCGGAACCAGAGCUGUUGUGACCAGUUCCUGCAGACACUGACAUAUCUCAUACAAGAGCUGCCUGCCAAGCACAGGAGUAAGGUGAAGGAAAUCCCCACUGUGGAGAUGAAUCCUCAGCAUUCUCUAUGGUCCUUGCUGGACUACAAGACCACAGACUCCAUGGCUGUAGAUGACACUUGUUUCUUCUACCUGCUGGCCUAUCUGAUCCAAGGGGCAUCUGCUUUCCCUGUGACCCUGCUGAGCACCCGCAGCAUGCUGUUUCUGCUGGAGGAGAAUCACCAGUGGCAGGUGCAGCCCCCUUUGGAUGUGGAUGGUGAGGCAGAACCACCUCCUAAGAGCAACAUCCAGUUGAAGGAGAAGCAGCCAAUCAGCAGUGUUAGCAAUGUCAUAACCUAUCGCCUCUAUCCCUGUGACAUCAAGCUGAUGCUUUAUGAUGAGGUGCUGAAGGUGGAGAGCACUUGGCACAUCCGCACAGAGUGCCCUGAGCUCCUGGCAGAGCUGGUGGAGUGGAUCCGUGGGCCCUGGGAGGAGAUGUUCUCUAUUGAGCUACGGAAAGCUGUGCACGAGGGGCUGGAGUGAACUUGCUAGCUAUAGGCAGGCAGGACUUGGAGUCAAGAGUGCUGCUGUGCUGGCAAUGGUGCACAGGUGUCUGCCACUCCCAUCUGACUUUGCUGUCCUGUGGCCUCCGCUACCUACUGAACUCUUGCCCCUAGGCCUUUCUGGUGAGGAGGAAGGGAGCACGCAAUAGUCCAAGCUUUGCACAGUCACUCACCUGCACUGGGCUGGCCAUGGAAGGAGGUUGUGGAGGGUGUCCCCUAUAAUCCUGCAUAAACUGCACAGAACUGCAACUUGGUGGUGUUUACUAGUCUCAUUCAGGGUUAGUAGGGAAUCACUCUGAAGGAAAUAAGUCACUGAAGGAAGAAGGGAGCAGAACCAGAGCAUGUUCAGUGGGACAUGCAGUGAGACUAGGCAAACAGCAGGCCAGAGGUAAUUGGAUGCUGGGCUCUUCUUCUAGCAAGUGUAUUUGCUGUCUCUCCAGCUGUCUCAGAGCAGCUGCCAUUGUCUGCUGCUAAUUUUUCCCCCUCCCUCUUAUCCACAGCUUCCCUAAAGCUGCCUGGGGCAAGCUUUCAAACAGGGGCCUGGUUGCACAAAGGGGUAAGGCAUGCUGUACUGAACCGUAUGGAGAGCCCUCUGCACCUGGCUGCCUGGCAGGGCAUGGCUCAGCCUGCUGCUGUAGCCUUUCACUGUCACUGGGGAGGGAGAAGCCAUGAGGCUCUUGGGCACAGAAGUGUUGCUCAUUGCUUAGGGGUCAGGACCUUGGUGGGCACUGACAGGUGAAAGUGAGGCUUAGGCUUUUCUGAGCAGUCCAAAACCAAGAGUCUCUAUUUUAACAUGAGUUUUACUAUUUUCUAUUGUAAUAAAAGCUUCUAUUUAUUGAA